GGGGUUGGCCCUGCCAAAUUGUGUCCCGCAGUAGGGUUUCUAGGCCUAAGCGUUGGAAUGCGCAUGCAUGUUCAGUGAGGCUCUUGGGAGCCUUGCUGCUUGUCACCGCCAAGUCGGCCUGGUGGGACUCCUCUGGACGCGAUGGUGCUGAGCCGGUUGAAACCACAGUCAGAAAGAAAGCUUACAAAACAGAUUUGCAGAGUUGUGUUGGAUCAUUUUGAGAAGCAGUAUGUCAAAGAACUUGGAGAUUCUUGGAUUACAAUAAGGGAUAUCUUAACAUCUCCAGCAUGCUGGCAACAUGCUGUCCUUUUUAAUAGAUUCAACUAUCCUUUUGAACUGGAGAAGGAUUUACAACUGAAGAGAUAUCACCCCCUUCUUCAAGGAUAUUUUCCCAACUGUCCUAAAUCACUCAUAUGCUACGUUAAUAGAAUUCCUGGACGAAUACCUUCAGAGAGACAUCAAUUUGGUAAACUUAAAGGAUAUUAUCUUCUAAAUGCUGCCUCCCUUCUCCCGGUGUUGGCUCUGGAAUUACAGAAUGGGGAAAGAAUUUUGGAUAUGUGUGCUGCUCCUGGGGGUAAAUCAAUAGCUCUUCUACAGUGUGCCUAUCCGGGUUAUUUUCACUGUAAUGAGUAUGAUAGCCUGAGAUCAAGGUGGUUGAAGCAGACACUAGAAUCCUUCAUCCCACAACCUAUGACACAUAUAAUAAAAGUAUCCGAAUUGGAUGGCAGAGAGAUAGGAGAUACUCAACCCGAAAUGUUUGACAAGGUGUUAGUUGAUGCCCCAUGUUCAAAUGAUCGAAGUUGGCUGUUCUCUUCUGAUACCCAGAAGGCAUCCUAUAGGUUGAACCAAAGAAAGGAAUUGCCUCUUAUGCAGAUAGAACUACUAAGAUCUGCAAUCAGGGCAUUGCGUCCUGGAGGAUCACUUGUUUAUUCUACAUGCACCCUUUCCAAGGCAGAAAACAUUGAUGUGGUCGAUCAAAUCCUAAAUUCUCAUAGUAACAUAAUCCCAGUGGACAUGAAGGAAAUGGCCAGUGCAGUGUCUCAUGAGUUCACAUUUGCUCCUAAUGGACAGGAAUAUGGGUUGUUGGUGCUUCCAGACAAAGGUAAAGCCUGGGGCCCGAUGUUUGUAGCAAAAUUAAACAAAUCAGUAUCCUGAACAUAUGUUUUAUAAAUCAUAUAGACAAAUUGUUCUUUUUUUGCAUGAUCUGUACAUAGGAGUAUGUAAACAGUUAUGCUGAUACUAUUCUUAGGUAUUUGGAAUUUUAGUCUAUUAGAUUCAUAUUUUAUCCCCUCAUAUAGAAUCUAUGCUUGAGGCUUUUUUUCUUGGAAAUACAUCAUUAAAAAUUAUUUGAAGUGGUUGUAGGUGAUAAUUAUUUUGCCCUGUAUUUUACUUGAUAUUUUAUAGUUAAAAUCAUCAGAAUGCACAUUUUUGUUAGUAAAAAUUUAAGUGUUGAUGUUUUAAACCUUGAGGAAAAUUAAUAUUAACUGAUAUUAAUUUGUGAAUUCAUUUUUUUCCUCAUGUUUUUGUGAAAGAUCCCACUCCUGAAAGGUUAGUCUCUGUGAUCAGUCCCAAACCCCAGGGUAUCUCCUUGUUAACCAGCUUAGGCUCGGUUCCACCAAAAUGGGACCCUGGUUUCUGUAAACAGAAGCCAACCUGAGCUAGGUCCUCCCCUAGGGACAUAUCCCUUUUUCUUUACUUUUCUCCUCAUCAAAGUUGGGAGUAACCUGAUCUAAACCAGGGAUUAGGGUGGUUUUUCUAGCCAAGAUUAUAGAGGCAGUUGUGUUUUCAUGAUCAGCCCUCUUUCCCCAGCUGCCUCUCUCUACCCCAACCCCCAGUGGUUGGUUGGGUGAUUUGUUGUCCUUUGUUCUCGAAGAAGACCAAAGUGACAUCACUGUGCUAGAGUCAAGUUAUAGUGUGUCCGACUGUGG